AUUGCCUUCUUUUUCACAGAAGUCCUCACAUAUGGCAUAAUUAAGUCAUUUGGUGUUUUCUUUUAUGACUUAAUGAUUUACUUCGAUGAGUCCAACAGCAGAGUAUCCUGGAUAUUAUCCAUCUCUAUGUUUAUAAUGAUGUUUACAGUCAUUAUCUGUUGAAGUUUAGAUUGGAAUGAACGUUUGUGUCACCACUGCUAGUCGUCUUCAUGACACUAGCCUGAAACAAUUAUGGAAUGUUCUUCUUCCAGCCACAGUUGGUGAGGCUUGAGGAGGAAGAAAUGUGCACUGAAUAGAACAAAAAACGAACGCACAAAACAGGCUCAGCUAGUGCCUGCUAAACAUUCUCUUACUCCACUUCGGCUCAAGAAUUUAGGUCACGAAAGAAUCUGCUGAAUCCUGUUAAAGUGAAACGUUAACAAACGUCAACACUGCCAGACAAAGAGAAGACUGAACAACACUUCUGUGUACCAGUACAGUACCUAAUGAACCACUAGAAAAAAAAUCAAGAACAGUACAAAAAUCAAUGCAAUUAUUCUGGCUGAGCUGAAUUCAUAAAAUGGAAGUCAGGGUUGAGUUUAUUGUAAGUUCUAAUCCUUAAUGUUUUUAAUCAAUGGACACAGUGCAGCAAGCCAGAUUCAGGUAUUGCAUGAAAUACGAUGCAAUUUUCUAUUUUGCCAUUCAGCAGGUACAGUUUGCAAACACCUAGAACAAUUUGAUUAGAGAGAAAACUUGCACAAUCAGCACAGGUUUUCUUUUGAAAAGAAAUUGUUUAAAAAGCAUUUGAGUGUGUGCAUGUGUGUGUGUGUUUGCGUAUAUAUGUAUGUGUUGGGGGGGGCAGAGUCAGUCAGAAAAAUUAAACAUGUUGAUGGAUAUUUGCAAAUAUAAAUACCGUAAGCUAUUUACAUUGCCGUAAUGGCAACGUCCGGAGGAGGAAGUAGUCAAGUUCAGGAUCUCAAUCUCUGCUUAUAAUGUUUCUGGAUUGAUUACCAGGAGAUCACUAUAUCACUGUUGUAAAGACCUGUUGUCAAGCAGUUUAGUUCCCCUCCCAAUUGAUCACCUCAGCAAUUGGUUAGCCUGUAGUUCAAAUUGGUAUUCUUAUUAAGAAGCAUUAACUACCAAACUGCUGAGUCAGUUACUCUAAGAGAAACCAGGCCUAUGUAUGUUGACCAUUUAAGAUGGAACUACAGUGCUGUAGUUUAUGUACUUCUCAAAAAGCAGUGGGGAAAGGUAACCACUAUUCAAUUGCCUUUCUUCAAUUACUGUACAAAGUCUGAUAGCGUGAUGUUGAUCUCUGAGAUCUUCAUAAUGAUUAGAAAGGAUAGCUUGAUUUGCAAUCUCUAAAAUAAUGAAAAUCAGAAGUGCAUUAUUUUAUUUAGAAUCAGUGAGUAUUAUGAAAUUAAAUUGCUGCCUUAUGUUGUGUUUUUUUUUAUUUUGCUCUAAAAAUACCAUGGGUUUUAAUAAAUUAUUGAUUCAUCUCAUUGUAACCUGAGAUCACUACCUGUAAAUGUAACUUUUAUUUUUCCCCUCAUGGUUUAAAUAUCUACAUUUUCAUUUACUUUUCAUCCUCAAAGAAUUGAGGCUUCAUGCAGUGAAAUCCUUAGCCUUUGAUAUGAUUGUGGGGGGUGGCGGGGAGCAGGGAGAGUAGGUAGGAGUGGUAAAACUCCUACAUAUUGAACAGCACAUUUUUAUAGUUGAGAAAUUAAGUGCACCUUUGGAUAAACCAUUUUUCAGACUUAACUUAAUUGGUCCCUUAUUACCUCUUGGGGCAUGAAUUGGGGGAGGUUGGGGAGGGGAGGGGAAGUGAAAAACCCCCUUGACCUCCCCUAAUAUAUAUCCAUCAGUUAAAUUGGACAGAACAUAUGAGUAGGUCUUUCAGCCCUCAAGCCUGUUCUGCCAUUCAAAUAGAUUAAGGCUGAUCUUUACCUUAAUUCCAAAUAUCAGUCUUGGUUCCAUAUGCUUGUGUUUUAAUCUAUCUACUCCUAUACAGACUAGAUUAAAAAUAUGUGUACCAUUUCUGCACUAAAUACAUUGGUGACAAUUCAACUAAUGUUUUGUUUUCUCUUAUUCUUUUCUUUCUCCUCACCACAAGUUAUUUUUGACCCCUUCCUUCUAGGUCUCCCGUGCCACUUACUCUAUGCCUGAAGAGAAGGUGGACAGCCGAUCUGAUCCCAGAGUCCUAACAAUACCGCUGUGCAACUGGCUGCUUAGGAGUUGUGCGUGAGUGGCACGCGCCACUUUCCACAAUACUAAGUAAUCACUUUGGUUAUCGCCCAGUAGUAAUGCUGGGUGGACUUCUUGUUAGUUUGGGAAUGAUGGCAGCGUCGUUUGCACGGACAAUUGUAGAAAUGUACAUUGCCGUUGGAUUAGUAUCAGGAAUAGGUCUCUGUCUCAGCUUCCUACCCACAGUCACUGUCCUCUCCCUCUACUUUGAAAAAUAUCGCUCUCUUGUCAUGGCUGUGGCCUCCACAGGAGAGUGUUUUGCUAUCUUCAUGUUUGCACCUGCUUUCACAUUACUGAAGAACCAUCUUGGGUGGAAAAACUGUCUCCUCAUCAUUGGUGCAUUGCAGCUAAACAUCAUUGUUUGUGGAGCGCUACUUCGGCCACUUAUAAUCAGAAGAACAGAAGAACCACCAAUAGAUGUGGUUAUGGAAACUAAGUACAUGCUGGAGAAUGAGGAAACUCGCAUCUCUGUAGACUCUGUUGAUUCAGGAGUGGAAUCAUUAUCUACCUCAUGUGAUCACUUGGAACAAAGCAAGAAGUGUACAAAAAAUGAUAUUCACAAUGAAAAUCUUAAGACACUUCCAAGCAAAAAGCAGAAACCACAGCAUCAACCAAAAUUGCUUGACUUCUCAAUUCUAAAAAACAAAAGCUUUAUCUUUUAUGCACUUUUUGGACUAUUUGGCACUCUGGGAUUCUUUGCACCUCAACUCUACGUCAUUCCCCUUAGCAUUAGCCUGGGUGUUGAUGAAUGGGCAGCAUACAUGCUAUCAGCUAUGGCAAUUAUGGAAGUGUUUGGUAGGCUGUCAGUAGGCUGGAUCCUAAACAAACAGCCCAUACAGAAAAUUUAUAUUGAACUGAUCUGUGUGAGCCUACUGAGUCUAGUGUUGUUGUGCUUUCCAUUCAUAAAAGGAUUCUGGAGCCUUGUGACAUGCAGCAUGUUGUGUGGAUUUUUGUUUGGUACUGUGGCUGCUACCCACAUUCCAAUGUUGGCAGAGGAUGAUGUGGUUGGAGUUGAGAAGAUGUCAUCUGCGGUUGGAAUUUACAUCUUUAUACAGAGCUUUUCAGGACUUGCUGGGCCACCUAUUGGAGGAUGGCUUGUGGAUAUUACAGGUCAGAAUUAUGGAUCUGCUUUCUUCUUCUGUGGCAUUGGUAUGAGUUUGGGUGCAUUCUUUCUUGCAUUAGUUCGGCCAUCUAAAAAAUGGUCGUGUCAAAGGAAGCAUCCCCUGGAAACUGAUAAGCAAGAGGAAUUAAAACAAGAUCUCAACAUUAUCCAGGAUGUGCCUGAAGACUUCUUAGAAACAGACCUGAAGAAAUCAGAAAGUUUACAGGAUCAACUUCAAAGCCUCGCAUGAGUCAUACACCACCCCAAUGGAAUGCAUGUUUCCUGGUAAUGGUAUCCCUUGCCCAUCCUGAAACCUCAACUUGGCCUUAUUUAAUCUCAGAUGUUCCUUCUUCUCAAACCAACAAAUGACUAUUCAUUUUUAAAGAAACACCACAAGAAGCAAAGUUUAAUAUUUACUAUUUAGUGGAUAUAGACUCACAUUCAGAUGAGCUAAACUGUGCAUAAAAUUACAGAAAGGAAUACAAAGAAAUACAUAGAAAGGAUUAAGAUUUGUUUAGAUCAUAUUGAGAAUGUACUAUUGAACUCAUUGUAAAAAUCAUUCAGAUCAGCAUUUUAAGUUUACACACGUUUUGCAGUCCCAACCAGUAAAUGUCUUUAUACAAGGUAUUCUUUUAAGUAGGAUUAAGUGCAAAGGCAUUUGACACACUGACCUAAUACUUCAAGUUAUCAAAAUGAUCUCCUUCACAAAAAGUGGCUUUGACAUUUAAGGAUGUUAGUCAAUUCAGCUUUUUCUUCAUUUAAAUUACAGGAUGGAUCACUAUAUAUAAAUGGAGUAUUUUAUCUCAGUUGAGGGAAAAAAAGCAACAAAAAUUCACCAUUUAUGAUAAUUCUGGAAAAUAUUAUCAGAAAAUCUUGGCAGUUGCAUUGGAACACCAGUGGUUAGAAGAUAAUAAAAACUUAUGUCAUUAUGGAGUUGAUGUGGAAUAGGUAAGGUGUCAUUUUAAUCAUUGCAGCUUAUACAAAAAGCAUAAAACACCAGAGGGAUUUAAAAUAAGAUGCUAAAAUGUAAUCCAGCAGCUGCAGACUCUUGAUUCUCCAAAUAGUUUUCACUUUUACACUUAAAACUCUUAAUUCUCUAGAAAUAAGCCAUUAAAUUAAAAGCUUAAAUGUGAGUAAGAUAUCUGAGGCGCACUUCAAAAGCUCCUCACACUCCUGUGCUGGAUACAAGAGAGCCCUUGACACUUGAAGCAGAAACAGUUCUCAAACUUCUGUUUGUCUUUCUAUCUUUUCUAAUUUUUCGAUAAUAUUACUUGCUUUUCUGAGAUUUUUUGAGCUACUAGUACUGGACAUUGUAUGCAUUUCAACCUUACCAAGAAAAAGACCAAUUUCAUAAUUGCUGACAUUAUAAAAUAAUGCUGAAGAGGAUUCAGCCAGAGAGCAGUAGGAGUUUGAUCAGCACAAAAAAGAAAUGAAACCUUUGGAAUCAUAAAGCAUUAGCUUGUCAAAUUUUCUGCUCCGGAAUAACAGUGAAACUGAAAGUUCACUUGCAUCCAGCAUCAAAUAAUACAAGAGCCUCAUCUAAACAGGUGCACACUUGACAGAUGGGGCCUGGAUGUCCAGCCAGGAUUUGGUCCAAUCAAACUAUAACCACUAUGCUCUUAUAGACAUUUUGCAACAAGACUGGACCUAACCUCAUCAGUUGAUAUGUUGGUGUUUCAAAUGAUUAACUUCCAACCAGCAAUGGGACAAUUUUCUGAGGACCACAAAAGUGAAGAUAACACAGAUAAGGACAUUCCCACAGAAGCUGCAGAACCUACAAGGGCAAGUGAAAUAACUUUUAAAUAUUUGUCAAAUGCAGUAGUAUCUAGCUCAAUAUAACUGCAACAAUUAUGCUCAAAUGAUGAACAAUCUGCUAGAGGAACUCAGUGGGUCAAUCAGCAUCUGUGAAGGGAAAGGAACUGAAAGGAACCCUCCUGCUGCAGGGUUUCCACCUGAAACGUUGACAAUUCCUUUCCCACUCACAGAUGCUGCUCGACCUGCAGAGUUCCUUCAGCAGAUUGUUUGUUGCUCCAGAUUCCAGCAUCUGCAAUCUCACGUCUCCUCAAAUAACUUUAUAUCUGAAUAAAAAGAAACAAUUAUCCCUUCAGUAUUUAACUCCCCUCUAUACACAGGAUGGAAAAGAAUGCAAAUGAUUCUUCAUGUCCAUUUUUCCCUUUUAGGUACAUUCUACAAACAAUAAAUUGUUCAAACAAACAAGAUCGUAAAGUUUGGAGAUCAAAGUAGAAAGUGAGGUUAAAAUUGUUAUUUGUUUUUUUUAUUAUCUGAAAAAAAGAGUAGUUUUAAAGACAAUCAGAUUAUGUUAUAGAAAGAGUAGUUGUACCAUGUUCUUUCUUCUGCAGUUACUUAGCUAUAGUACCUUGUAUUUGAUCUUCAAAGUAAUUUUCAUUGUGCUUAUCAUUCUUCUAUACUUUCCAAGCAAUCUUCAAAAGCUUUUUUAACACUAACAAUAAAAAAAUGCUUUUUUCCAAUAAGAAAAUAUGGAUCUUAAAGGAAUUGGAAAACAUCUUAAUGCAGGAAAAAGAGCAUUAUUUUCUUGUGAAGUGUAUUGCUCUGCAUUAGACUUUGACUACUUUUAUUUAUUCCUUAAAUGUAUUCAUUUUGUGAUAUUUUAUGUCAUCAAUGGUGCUACUCCCAUAAAAAAAUAUUGCAAAAGGAGUGCAUAAUGCAACUCAUCAGACGUUGUGAACUUUAGUUUUAGAUCCAUUCAAUGGCUGUUCAACCAAUAUGCUCCUUUCACCAAUUUAAUUCAAACACUUAAUUUCAAAAUCACGCUGAUAAACAACAUGAAGUAUGUUGAUUUCAAGGUCAGUUAAAUAAUUCAUUCAACCUCAGGGAGCUAUAGCAAAGCACCCACACUUUAGACAUGUUCUAAGAUGAAUAAGGGGGAAAAGAAACAAUUGAAGAUUUUAUAGAAUUUCAUGUGACAGGAUGACCAAGGUAUAAAACAUACAGAAAAAAUGUCACAUUCUCAAUCCAUAAAAACCGACUAAUAUGAAUAACCCCAUUAACCGUUAAAAUUUGGAUCUAUUUUUGAUAGAUUUUUGACUGGUGAGUGGGUUUAUUGUUGGUAGAAUUAACAAAAUUAAGUUAGUUUGGGACCUGACAAAAACAACUGGUGUGAACUGACUGAUUUUUAAGAAAUUUCUGCAGACUUUCCUGUUCUACAAAAACAAUUAUUCUAACUGAAAAUACAGAGAAAUGGUAUGCCAAAAUCCAAAGCUCAUUCAUAUGGCAAUUUGCAGACAUGAAAGUGAAUGCUAGUCUCUAUUUGCACAUUAGAUGAAAUCGCUGAAGUUAAUGCUCACUUGAGAAGGAAAAUCAGAUAGAGUACAUGUUGGUUAUAAUUAUUGUUCAACACCUCUUGCACUCCACUUUUGAUACAACAGUUUAUAACCUGAAUGAUUGACUUAUUGUACAAAGUAUUUCACCUGACUUAACUGUAUAUCAAAGUGAUGGAAUAAAAUAUUCAGGUGAAAUGAUGUUGCACAGGGAUGCACAUGAUUCUUGAUGCAAGUUACAAGGACUGAACAAAUAUGGAUAAUCAAAAAUCUGAAGGAUGUAACUGGGUGAACUAAAGGUGCUGCUGAUCUUUUUAAAAUUAUAACUAAUAGUUUUUUAAAUAUUAGCAGAAUGGAUACAAGAUUUUAUUUAUUCCCAUUUUGCUCACUGUAACUAACUUUCUAACUUAUGGUGUGUUCAGUCCUUCUAACUUACAGUAGCUUCUGUAAUAUUUCAGAUGCUUCAUAUGCUGGUAUUUUACAAUAAAAUUAAUUUUAAAAACAAA